CGCCAAAUACUUUAUUUUAAUUAUAUUUUUAUGAGGACAAAAUGUGAAAAGGGUGUCCAUGUGUUAUUUUUCUUCUUGUUUUGUGGGUUAGCUGAGCUCGGCACACAUCCGAAAGAAUUUGAAGGAAAAAAAUAUGGCGUUGCAGGCUGGGAUGUCCUCCUCCAAGGUUCUCGUCCUCGUCGGAGCAGGUUUGACGGGUUCGAUUGUAUUAAGGAGUGGGCGAUUAUCUGAUCUUAUACUGCAGCUACAGGAAAUACUCACUAGUGUAAAUGAAGCUGAGAUAUCUCCCAAGUACGAUAGUGAGAUUAUUGCAGCUCAGAUUCGGCAAUUGGCACAAGAGAUCAGAGAGUUAACAUUAACUCGUCCUGUAAAUAUCUUCAAUGGGAAUUCAUCAUCUAGUGGGAGUUAUGCAUCUUACAUUAUGCCAGCUGCUGCAAUUGGUGCAGUAGGAUAUUGUUACAUGUGGUUGAAGGGCUGGUCAUUUUCUGAUGUGAUGUUUGUAACAAAGCACAAUAUGGCGAAUGCUGUUGCAACUGUGUCAAAACAAUUAGAAGAUGUAUAUGAAGCUGUAGCUGCUACAAGAAGGCAUUUAACUAAGAGGAUCGAAAGCUUGAAUGCGAAGCUGGAGGAGGAGAAAGAAACAACUCUGCUAAUCUCAAAUGACGUGGAUAAAGUGAUGUCAAAUGUUUCUCAAAUUGGGGUUGAUGUUGAAAUAAUUCGUCAAAUAAUGUCAGAGAUGGAAGGGAGACUUGAGGUUUUUGAGACCAAACAGGAUGUGACUAACUUAGGUCUCUGGCAUCUAUGCCAAGCAGCUGAAGGUUUCCAAAAAAGAGUGGAUGUUAAACCUAUACAGGAUGUAUGUGCAAAGCCAGCCAAGAAUUCCGGAAUAAAAUUUGAGGACAAAUCACUCAAGGGCCUUCAAUUCCUUACUGAAAGUAAAGAGCCAAUUACUGCGAAGAAAUUGACAAAAAGCACAGAUAAAGAUGAUGCACUCAACAACUUCAUUGGAGAAAAGGUACCACUAAAGAAAACAAGUAUACAUAGAACAUAUCCUGUUGGUAUUUCUUUGACAAAGGACUUUUUAGGCUCUGUUCUGUGAAAAUCUUGCCAUCUUUGGUUUAUUAUUCUUCCCCCCACAAAAAAAAAAAAAAAAAAAACAAAGAGCCCUCUUCCUGACUGAUUUUGAGAACUUGGGAUUUUUGUUGAUGGGAAAUAAGUCCCCAACUUAGGAGAAACCUGUGUAGUUUUUCUGACUUGUUCAUAUUAAGAAGUAUUCAACAUUUUCAUUAUUCUUUCCCUGUAAUCGGGAAAAUACAUAGCAAAUGCAAUAUAAUAUAUUUUUAUAAGGUGAGGGAUUUGAAUGUAAAACCUCAACAUUAAAGUGGGGUUAUGUAAGGGACUACUACGUGUAGUUAAUGUUGUGCGUGAAGAAUAAAGCGCCUUGACAUGGAAAUGGAAUGUUAUUCCGACAAUGAAUUUUAUAUUGUUUAUCAGAGUGAAUUUUAUA